UCCUACCUUCGUCCCCUUCCUCCUUCCCCAUCUUCGCCUAAGCUUCAUCCGAUUCCUCCUCCGCUGUAGAAGAGGAUGACGACUGUUUAUCGCCUGUCUCUCCGUCUCCUUCUCGUUCUCCUUCCGUUACUCCGUCCCCGUCGCCAUCGCCAUGAGUUUUCUUACGGAGCGAGCUCUCGGCGAUCCCCUGUUGGUGCCACGGUGUCACAUCUCGGCAAUCCGACAAGUUCACCAUUCGCGGCUCAGUGCGGACCUUCGGCAACUUGCACAAUUCUUUUGUACUCAGGGAGUGUACGCAGCCGCUGAAUUUCGUUUUGCAGGCAGUCCCCGGGCGGUUGUGUUGGCGGAGGCGGUAACAGUUCAUUGGCGAUCGGCUCUUGGAAUCAGCCACAUGUCUACGGUGGUCGCCUUUAGUGGCGACAUCAACACCAUCGGCCCGCUGCGGCAUACAUCCAUCAAGACGUCGCUCCGGCUCUGGGCGCAGCAGUUGGCGGCGGUGUGGAAUCGUUGGCUCACGCCCCAUGCAAAUAACCUUUUUCCCAUGGACAACGUCGAUCUCGACGGGAUCCGAACCUUCCAGCACGAGCCGGCGGUGGUGCUCCCGGAAGGGCCGGAACUCAGGCGUUGGCGAGAACAGUUCAUCGAGCUGUCGGUGUGCCUGGUCGGAGUAAAGGUCACGUGGACGCGGCACGAGGAUCACCGCCAGUGGGUCGAGUACCUCGAGCUGCUUAUCAUCCAGGCGUGGCGAACGGAAGUGGAAGCCGAUCUGCUCGGAUUCCUCUUCGGAUCAGUGCGGCCCGAUCAUCGCCAACUGAUCGUACAAGAGUUAACGGUCCCCCUUGCGCUGCUGGCCGACGAUCUCCCUCUUGAGAUCGUCUCGCAGAGCGACGACAGCCCGGUCCCGCACGUUCUCACGCGGACCUUAGCGCCAUAUAUUCAGUGGUCGGCGUGCUUGGAGGAACCAGGGAGCGGCCGCAACCCACCAUCACAGCGCGGUUAUUUGGACCCGCACGAGAUAGUCGACCUCGCCUUCUUCCAAGAUCGGACGACUUCCGAGAAUGAGGAGGUAGAGAUUGAAGCGGAAAAAGAAAGCUCGGAAGAAGAAGAAGAUGUCGAAGAAGAGGCCGACGAGGAAGAAACUCCCGAAGAGGGGAGUUACAGUGAGCACAGUGAAGGGGAGCAAAGUGAAGAAGAGGAGGAAGAAGAGCAAGACAACGGAGAAGAAGAAGAAGAUCAGGAGGAGUUGAAAGAGUCAGAGUGGGAAGGAUUCGAGGAGGAAGUGCGAGCGAGGCUCAACGCAGGCCCAAGCUCAGAAGAGGGAAGAAAUCGCGGUCGGGAAGAGACAGUUGGAGUUCGCCAGCGCAGCCGGCCAGCCGCUCACCGACGAUCCGGCCCGAGAUCCAGAGCCACCUAAGCCCGAGGAUGGAGAGACAGCUCCCGAGACUUCGGCCACACCAGCGAGA